AUGCAGGACCCUAAGGAUUUAUCCCCUCGAUUCACUGACAAGAUGAGAGAAUGCAUCGAAUUAAACAGUAGCUGGUUAACUACGCUCUUGCUGAUUUGGUGCAGCACUAAUAUGGAAAUAGUAUCUGAAACAGUGAUGCCAUCUUCAAUGGUGAUUUGUGCCAUGGUUUCAAGGGUCGCUGCCCUCCUACCUCCUAAUCCAAAGCACAUAUGGGUCUUCUGGUGGGGAGCUGAAAAUGGCAAGUGGAAGAUUCAGUCGAAACCAUGGGAACAAAUGAUACUUCCUAAGAGCUCUGGAGCUUUGGGUUUCAAGGAUUUAAGACUUUUCAAUCAGGCUUUACUUGCUAGACAGAUCCCAAACAUGGAGACGAAUUGGAUAUGGCUUGGAGAUAAACAUGGUGUGGUGUAUAAAAUUGGUGACGGGAGAAGUACAAGGAUAUGGAGGGACAACUUGAUUCCUCAGGGACAACCUGAGACCAAUAGGUAG